UACCCCAAAACCCCAAAUUGAAGAAGGUACAGCAAACCCCAAAAUCCCAAUUGGAAGAAGCAGCAGGUUACCAGAGAUCCAUCAAGGGUUUCGGUUAGUGGCUUUUUCUUAGCUUUCAAGUACUUAGCCUCUGAUUUUGUGCUCCAAUUAUGCUUGGUUUUUGCCGUAGAAGAUUGCAAUUACUAUUCCCCAGUCGUAGUCAUGCUGCUAGUUCACUUAUGCAUCCUCAUUUUACAAGAUUAUAUUCAUCAAAACCAUUGAUAGGAAGUACCCAAGAUCGAAAGGAUGGGUCUUUUACAGAUUCAUACCUUGUAAACACAAUUGGUUUCUCCCCAGAACAAGCGGUCACUAUGACCACAGCAUCUUCUUGGGUAAACCCAGAAAAAGCUGACUCAGUCAUUAAGCUUCUGAAAGACUAUGGUCUCACUGAACCCUCCAUUUUGGAGAUAUUUAAGAAAAGCCCAAUCCUGCUCAGUCUCAAUGCUGAGACCCUUUUGCCCAAACUCGAGUUCUUUGGUUCAAUUGGCAUUUCAAACACUGUUCUUGCUAGGUUCCUUUGUAUGAACCCAACAAUCUUGCAUUAUAGCUUAGAGAGAAGUAUCAGACCUUGUUAUGAUAUAAUCAAAUCUCUACCUAUCCCCCAGGAGAAGGUCCUUAUUUGCUUUAAAGACAUGCUUUGGAAUAAAGUCAAAGUACUAAACAAUGUUGCUAGUAGUAUCUUAAUUCUGAGAACGCAUAAAGUGCCCGAUUCCUCAUUCCAUAUCUGGAAUCCGUAUUGCUUGUCUGCUCUGGCCUUGGACUCUGACAGGGUCGAAGAAAAUUUCAAGAGAGUUAUGAGCAUGGGAAUCGAUCCUUCAUGUGCUGUGUUCAUGAAAGCCUUGUAUGCAAUGUCAUUCACUGAUGCAACAAAAUGGGAACAGAAGAUGGCUUUUUACAGGAAGUGGGGCUGGACUGAACAUGAUGUAUUGUUGGCAUUUAGAAAGUGUCCCUUGUUUAUUUGUAUUGCUGAGAAUUAUGUAUCGAAGAAAUUGAAGUUCUUUACAAAUGCAAUGGAUUGCCAACCCUCAGAUGUAGCUGGAUCUCCAAUAAUGCUAGCUUAUAGUUUGGAAAAGCGAAUUAUACCUCGUUGUUCAGUUAUCAGAGUUCUCCAGUCACAGGGCAUAAUUGCAAAGGAUGAUAUAUCUCUCUAUACCAUUCUGAAGGGAAAGGAGAAGUGGUUCUUGGAAACUUUUGUGAUCAGAUAUCAAAAGCGAGUACCUGAAUUAUUGAGCAUCUUUCGAGGGAAAAUUGGUCUUGCGGAAUUAGGCUAACUUAACUCUGUUCCUUCUUCCACUGUCAUGUAUGUGACAAAAGUGUGCGUUUGAGGUGGUAACGAUAAUUUCUAAUGGCAUUCGCAUCCUAUAUAUAUGAGAGAUAAGAGUUCUAACUCAGUUUGAGCCAACUGAAACACCUUAUUGACUGCAAGAGAAAUGUAGAUUUUGAAUUUUCAAGUCUCUGACGACCCUGUUAGCUACUUCCUAUCAUUUACUGAGUUCUGAAUUUGUUAGUCAUGUAGUUUUAUCUUUAGUACAAUGGCUUGGGCAAUGGCGUUUAGCCAUCUGCUAUAUCUGUAUUUUUCUUUGGUAUCACGUAUUUUUAGAAAAGUUUGUUCUUGUUG